AUGAAGGGCUUCCUCCGUUUGGUUUUGGGCUACUUGGCAGCAGACCUUCUCCCCCCUCUCCUGUGUCGGGCACAGGAGAAAGUCGGGCAACACCUGGGCAGCAUCGUGAUGCUGUUUGACUCCGGCGGGAACCACAGCCGAGCUGGUGAGCCACCACCCGCCGACGCCUCGGAGCCGCCCCCCAGCCCGGAGGCAUGCCGGGGCUACUUCGAUGUGAUGGGCCAGUGGGACGAGGCUUUCAAUUGCAGUGUCCGCGGCUACCCUUUUUGCUGUGGCACGUGUGGCUUCCGUUUCUGCUGCCAGGAUCAGAAGAGACGUUUGGACCAGGACAUCUGCACCAACUACAUCAAGCCUCCCUGGCUUAACGGGCGCAAGAUGACCAACCGACCCAUGGACCCAUCCCAUGACCCCACCCGUGACAAGACGAACCUCAUCGUCUACAUCAUCUGCGGGGUGGUUGCCGUCAUGGUGUUGGUGGGCAUCUUCACCAAACUGGGGCUGGAGAAAGCACACCGGCCCCAGCGGGAGCACAUGUCCAGAGCGCUUGCCGACGUGAUGCGACCGGAAGGUCCCUGCACGGCAGAUCAUAUGGAAACAGAUCUCAAUAUCGUGGUUCACAUGCAGCAUUAUGAGAACAUGGAAACGAGACCACCCACCAAUAACUUACAUGCAACCCAGAUGAAUAAUGUGGUGCCGACAUCACCUCUCCUCCCACAACUGGCUCAUCCACAUUCCUUCCCAAGCAUGGGGCAGAUUACAAAUCCAUAUGAACAGCAGCCUCCAGGAAAGGAGCUUAAUAAGUAUGCGUCUCUGAAGGCAGUAGCAGACAAGGGCAAUGAUGAUUUCUACUCAAAACGGCGUCAUCUGGCAGAGCUGGCUGCGAAAGGAAGUUUGCCUUUGCACCCGGUGCACGUGGAGGAAGAUCGGCCAUACAUCCUUGAAGGGGGGACCAUGAAACAAAAUGGACAGAAGUCCAAAGCCACCAAACCACAUAUGCACCCCUUGGCUUACAAAACCUGGGAUCCUAGUGAUCAGUCCCUUCGGCGGCAGGCCUACGCAACCAAAGGGAGGAACCUUGUUGGAGAUCCUGCUGUGAGAGACCCAUUGACCACGCGGAGUCAGCAUUAUUUACCCACACAGCCAUACUUCAUCACUAACAGCAAGACAGAAGUGACUGUUUGA